CUCCCUCUCUCGCUCUGCGCUCUGAGUGAAGCAGCCUCAGAGGUGUCUGACGCCCUGCAGCACAGCCAGAGGCACCGCUUCAGUGAUGCCCCCCUUCAACAACUAUUUGCUACAGUAGUUUGUUUCUUGGAAAGUGUCUUGCUGCCUUUGAGCUACAACCAAUUUUUUUUUCCCGAGAAAAGAAAAGUACAGGAGCGCACUGUGCUUUUACGCAUGGAAGUUGGUAUCAGCCCAGUUACAUUUACGCAUGGCUGUGCCUAGUCUCCUCGGAAGAUGCGUCCGGACUUAUGAGAGCUUGUCAGGGCAUCAAGAGCGGGAUAAAAAGUGAGCAACGAUGCGAGGCACUGAGCUGUUGCUUGGUUACUUUCUAGUGAAAGUUAUGGUGUGCGAUGCGGAAGGCGAGCCAGGUGAGAACCUCGACGACUUGACAGUAACCGUGUUUAACGACUCAAAGGAAGCGGAGAGCAGCAUCACGGAGAGCCCGCACACGGAGGACAAGUGCCGCGGGUACUACGACGUGAUGGGCCAGUGGGACCCGCCGUUUGUGUGCAGGACGGGCAGCUACCUGUACUGCUGCGGCACCUGUGGCUUCAGGUUCUGUUGCGCGUUUAAAAGCUCCCGGCUGGACCAGACCACCUGUAAGAACUACGACACCCCGCCGUGGAUGAUGACAGGCAGACCGCCUAAAGUGGACGUGGCGCAGGACACCGCGAAGGAUAAAACCAACCUCAUUGUGUAUGUCAUAUGCGGGGUCGUGGCCAUAAUGGCACUGAUAGGGAUUUUCACCAAGCUUGGUUUGGAAAAGACGCACCGUCCGCACAGAGAAAAUAUGUCAAGGGCUCUUGCACACGUGAUCCGCCAUCCUGCCACAGAACAUUCGGAUGACAUUGGACUCGGCCAGCACUAUGAGAACAUACAAACCAGAGUCACAGUUAACAGUCUCCACAGCACCCAGAUGAACAACGCAGCUAAAGCAUCAACUUUGAUAACUCAGCCCUACCCGGCUCUGGGACAGAUCACCAGCCCUUAUGAGCCACAGAAGACUGUCAAGGAUCUCAACAAAUACGCCACCCUCAAGGCUGUGGCAGAGAAAGCUAAUGACAGCUUCUACAGCAGCCGACGCCAACUGAUUGAGAUGACGACCAAGGGCAGCCUUCCUAUGGAACCUGUGGAUAUGGAGCCAGAACCGAGUAAUCCUUACAGCCCACCCAGACAGAUGUCUACGAAGCAGAACGGACACAAGUACAAAAGCCCCAAGAACCACAGCUCCCAGUCUCUGCCCUACAGCUCAAACACUGCUGCCAUCCCAGGGGUGCUAAAAUCCUGGGAGAGCAAGGACACGCUGGGACUGCGACAGAGCUAUGGCCCAAAGAAACUCUGCAUCAUAGAGAAGGAGAUACACACCACUCGCUACAUCCCUCCACAGCCAUACUUUGUCACCAACAGCAAGACAGAAGUGACAGUAUGAGGGACUGUCUAAACGUCAGGCCUAAAGGAGCGAAUGGAAUAACAGGAGUCAGAAUUUAAGAAGGACAGUAGCUGCUGACUGUGGGCGGCGUUGUAAGAAAUCAGCAUGGACUGCAGUAUGUGCAGUUGUCAAGCAUUCAAGACACCGCCUAAAGGUGAAGUGUAACAGGAGGCAGUACCAAUCAUUGCUCCUCAGGCACAGUGAUUAAUAUGUUGUUAUCCAUAUUCAUAUAAUCCAACCACUAAAACAAAACACAAAAGCUAAAUAAAUCAUAUACAUACAUAGUACAGUUGUAUUUAAGGUCUAAAAAGAUCUGAAAAUUACAUUAUCUCAUGUAAUUUCUAGUAAAUCUACACUGUCUAAAUGAAAAUAACCAUCCUUAUUUAAAGAAUCAAAAAAGUUGAAUAGCUUGUGGUUACAGAAAAUGUUUCAUAGAUUUAUGGAUACUGUUUGAAAAUGUUCUGGCACUGCUUACAUGCUGAGGAGCUGAAAUUCAUGCACUAAAACCGA